AUGCCCACUUACACAUCAGGAAGAUGCCUAGGUCAGCAAGAAGUGUCCACAAGAAAAGGGGUGAAAGGAGGGCUCCGGCGCCAGCGGGUGGGUGGCUGCCCACAGUUCCGGCCUCCAGUUUCAGCUGAUAGACAAAAGGAACUCCGGGAUUCCCAGCGGGCAGGAACCCCCUCGGGUCCGAGCGGUCCCCAAGGAGCCACGGGGGGGUCCUCCGCCGAAAGGGACGGGAGCCAAGGUGCGAUCUCCAGCCCGAGGUCUACCCUCGCCAGGGCUGGGAGCGCCCGGCACCCCGCCCCGCCCCGAGCCCGGGGUGUGUCUUCUGGAGGGGGAGGGGUGUCCGAGGUCCUUGCCGAUCCCCGGCCGGGGGUCGUCUCCCGGGUGGGCGUCCAGCGGGGCGCCCCCCAUCCCCGGGCCCGAGCGCGCGGGCGCGCGCAGUCCUCACCACCCGCACCCAUCCGGCGGCCCACGGCGGUGCCAGGACAAGGGGCUGGCGAGGGUGAGUGGGUGGGUCUGCUUCUGGCCCCAGCCGCCAGCUUCCGACCUGAGGGAGCGGCCUCCGCCGCCGCCGCCGCCCCUGGGUUACCUCGGCUCCCUCGGCUCCGUCCCCUCCGCCGCCGCCGCCGCCGCUGGGGACUCUGCCUCAGCCAGUUGCUUUCGGCUGAGAAGCCAGCCGCUUCCAGCAGCAGCACUGCCGGGACGCCCACGGCAGCCGCCAGCUCCGGCCGGCCCGAGGCACGCUGCUCCCAGCUGCGGAGCCUGCACUUGGUCCCCGGCGUCUGCCAGCUCCAGCUGCCCCGGCAGCCACGGUCCCUGCUCCUCCCAGCCCCCACAGGCCAGCCGCCACCACAGCCGCCGCUGCCGCCGCCGCCGUCGCCGCCGUCAGGGCAGUGA